AUGGAGAUACCCAGCAGCUUGGAGAAUGGACCAAUGGGAAGGUGCCAUUCGAUCCAAGUGGAUGGGAUGGGAGAAGCAGCUGCAGGCGUGCCUCAACGCCAUUGGUUGCAUGCAGAGGAGAGAGAGAUAAAGAAAGAGACAGAAAGAGAGAGAAAGAGAGGAGAACGCCCAAGAAGAGAAGAAGAAGAAGAAGAAGAAGGUGGAGAAGAAGAGCAAGAAGAAGAAGGUGCAGAAGAAGAAGAGAAGAUCCAAAGGCGGAUCGGGUUCGGGCUAGAGCGGGGUAGGCUAGGAACGGGGUCAGCCGGGUCGUCUAAAAUCUCUCCUACACUUCCAAGAUUGGAAGCAAUGCAAAGACCAUCACCACCUACUGAAGAAGAAGAUACUUGGCAGUAUGAUCCCAUUGAUCCCAACAAGAUAAGCCCCAUGAAGCUUAAGGAGUUCAAUGCUAAGGUGAAAUCACUUCCAUUCUAUGUCACUUUUGAAGAAGCUUGGGAUAAACAUGAUCUAGUGGAGUUCUUUUUCACAACUAGUGAAAACAAAGAAGAGAUACACCAACUUUUCAGGAAGGCUCGAUUUCCCCUUGCCCCUCAUGCAGUCAAUCAACCACCAUCACCACCAUCUUCACCACACCCAAGUGCUAAAGUUCAGCCUACCUUCAAGACCCUCUACAAGAUUGAAGACCCAGGUCAAUUCUCUAUUCCCUGUCAAGUAAAUGGUCAUUACUUUGAUAGAACACUAUGCGAUUCUGGCUCUUGCAUAAACCUCAUGCCAACCCAAACCGCCAAACUCCUUGGCAUCACACGCUUGCAACCUGCUCAAAUUAGUAUUGGACUUGCUAACCAUACUAUAGCCAAGCCAAGAGGAGUUGUUAUUGAUGUUCUUCUAGAGAUUGGAGAUAUCAAGAUCCCGGUGGACUUUCAUGUCAUAAACAUUCAAGGAGGAUGUGACACACCAUUGAUACUAGGCCGACCCUUUUUGGCCACUGCUGGAGCUGUCAUGGACCUUCCAAACCGGCGAAUGUCUUUGACCAAUGUAGACAAGACAGUCUUUUACAAGACCAUACCAUUCAUCGCACCAAACAAGCUGUCUUACCUCAUCACUGCCCAAGGCCGCCCAAGAGAGCCACCAGACCACACUCAAGGUCACAAUGAGACAAGAACUAAAAGACUAUGUCUCAGGCCGUGCCCUUACCCCAUCUCCAACUAA